AAAGGGAUCACGGGUCAACGCUUCUCCACUAUAAAAGGUAUAGUCAAUCCGAAGAAGUUAACACUGUUGUUUGGUCACUCAAACAAUCAUGAGGUUCAUUGUAGUGGCGAUUCUUGGCUGUUGUGCCCUAGCUUUGGCUUUCCCGGAACAUAAAAUCAGCAAUAAACAAUUUCUCGAAAGGCAAAGAGACAUCCUUCGACUUUUCAAACACGUUAACCAGCCAAGUUACUACAAGGAUCAUGUGGAAAUAGCCCAGAAUUUCCACAUUCAUGACCACUACGACCACUACACUAAACCUGAAGUUGCAAGACAUUACCACCAAAUCUACGAAUAUGGACUUCUCCCAAGAGGUGAAGUCUUUUCAGUAUUUUACGAAGAGCACCUGCAGCAAGCUAUAGCCCUGUACAAACUUUUCUAUUACGCUAAAGACUACGAUACGUUUUAUAAAACUGCCGUUUGGGCAAGACAACAUGUCAAUGAAGGGUUAUUUUUGUACUCAUUUUCUGUUGCUAUUGUUCAUCGUGAAGACACUUACGGAAUUGUUUUGCCCCCAAUCUACGAGAUUUAUCCCCAUUAUUUCUACAACAAUGAAGUGAUCCAAGAGGCUUACAGGUACAAGCAGCAGUACUACAACCAAGAACAUGGUUAUACAAUCAAUGCGAAUUACUCGGGUUUCUACUUGAAUUUGCACCCGGAACAGUCCUUGGCGUACUUCACUGAAGACGUGGGGGUUAACUCCUUCUACUACUACUACAACAUUUAUUACCCCCAUUGGUUGGGUGGUGAAGACUUUGAUUACCACCAUGACCGUCGUGGGGAACAGUAUUACUACGUAUACCAACAAAUCCUAGCUAGGUACUACCUGGAACGCCUCUCGAACGAUUUUGGUGAAAUUCCCUUCUUCAACUAUGAAGUACCCUUCGAAAAUGGGUACUACCCUUCCUUGCAGUACCCCAAUGGUUUGCCAUUCCCAGUCAGGCCAAACCAUGCCCACCUCUAUGAGUACUUCUACAACUAUGGGCAAAAAUAUGGUAACAACAAGUACGCUUACAGUUACACGUUUGUUCAAGACUAUGAAAGGAGAAUUCGGGAUGCUAUCGAUCGUGGUUACGUCUUUUCCCAUGAUGGUCAAAAAAUUAAUUUGUACUCUGAGGAUGGUAUCAAUGUUCUUGGAAACUUAAUCGAGUCCAACCCUGAUUCCCCCGAUCGCCACUUCUAUGGGGCUCUUCACGUGUACGCUCGCCACCUUUUGGGGUACUCAUACCAGCCCUUGGACAAGUACCACGUCGCCCCUUCGGCCCUCCAACACUACGAAACGUCCCUCCGUGAUCCUGCCUUCUACCAGUUCUACAAGCGUAUCGUUUUGUACUUCCAGAAGUACAAGUCGUACUUGCCGUCAUACACCGAGCAAGACUUGUACUUCCAAGGCGUGGAGGUCAAGAGGGUCGAAUUUGACCGGCUUCUGACCUACUUUGAUCAUUUUUAUACCGAUAUCAGUAAUGUUGUUUAUGUCACUCCUCAAGAGUAUGAUAGUGAGAAAAUCCAAGUCAGAGUACGCCAAUACCGCCUCAACCACAAACCCUUCACUUAUAGGAUUCAUGUCAGUUCUGAUAAGGACCAACAAGCCGUGGUGAGGGUCUACUUAGGGCCCAAGUAUGACGAGUACGGCCGCUACAUCAACAUCAGUCACAAUAGACUCAACUUUGUCGAAGUUGAUCACUUUAAAUAUCAACUCAAAUCGGGCGAAAAUGUCAUCGAGAGGAACUCUCAUCAAAACUACUUCUACCAGAAUGACCGCACAAGCUAUAGACAACUAUACAAACAAGUACUAGGGGCUUUGAACGGCAACGGAGAGUUUAACGUUAACGCAAACGAGGCCUAUUUCGGAUUCCCGAGAAGGUUCCUCUUGCCUAAAGGUAACUACGGCGGUCAAGAAUUCCAGUUCUUUGUCAUUGUGAGCCCAUAUGUGCCCUACAAGUACCACCAAGAGGGUUAUGAUGCCUCCAAGUACUACUAUCCGAGGGUGGGCUCAGGAGCUCAUCAUAUCGAUAAUUAUGCCUUUGGUUAUCCCUUCGACCGACCCAUCCAUUACGACCAGAUCUUCCAUAAUGUACCAAAUGCCCAUUUCUACACUACCAAGAUUUACCAUAGACAUGCCGAUGAUAUCAAUGCUUCGACUUCCGCCCAUCAGUGAUUUCGCAAUGUUUGAAAACCUAAAUCUUUUGUCUAACUUCAUAACUAUGUAAAAUUCUGCUUUUUUUAGACAGAAUAAAGUAUAUCCCAAAAAAAACGAAUUCGUUAUUUUUUCC